CGGUUCAACAUUAUCAUCAUCAUCAUCAUCAUCAUCAUCAUCAUCAUCAUCAUCAUCAUCAUCAUCAUCAUCAUCAUCAUCAUCAUCAUCAUCAUCAUCAUCAUCAUCUUCAUCAUCAUCAUCAUCUUCAUCAUUAUCAUCAUCAUCAUCAUCAUCAUCAUCAUCAUCAUCAUCAUCAUCAUCAUCAUCAUCAUCAUCAUCAUCAUCAUCAUCAUCAUCAUCAUCAUCAUCAUCAUCAUCAUCAUCAUCAUCAUCAUCAUCAUCAUCAUCAUCAUCAUCAUCAUCAUCAUCAUCAUCAUCAUCAUCAUCAUCAUCAUCAUCAUCAUCAUCAUCAUCAUCAUCAUCAUCAUCAUCAUCAUCAUCAUCAUCAUCAUCAUCAUCAUCAUCAUCAUCAUCAUCAUCAUCAUCAUCAUCAUCAUCAUCAUCAUCAUCAUCAUCAUCAUCAUCAUCAUCAUCAUAUUUUGUCGAUAAAAUCUGCCUGACUCACAACACGGUUGAAAUCUAUUGGUUACAGAGUAUUGCUAGAAUUUCUGAUCAUAAUCAACUGGACAACAGUUAA